AAAGUAUAGUAGGAAGGGACUGUAUCCUGGUCAAAACUUACGAGGGAAAGAAAAAAAGAAAAAUCAAAAAUAGCAUGAAACCUUUCCGACCUACUCAAAUUCUUCUCAGCAGCGGGGUUUUGUUUAACAAGUGGAUCAGUUUUAGUUCGAGCUCAGUUGACCCUAUUGACUCACUCCUUUAUCCUCCAAGACGUCGGCGACAGGUCAAUUCGGUCUCCGUUUUGAAACCAACUGUGUUAAGUCCCUACCAAUUUGCUCCAGUUUAUGGAUUCUCCGUGUUGGGCCCUGUUGUUCUUUCGCCUAAUAUCUUUUCACCAUUGAUAUUGAAUACCUCCAUACUUGGUCCAUGGGUUAUGUCACCAUCAAUUCCGUUGCCUUUCAUUGUAUCGCCAUAUCUUUUGUCUCCAUACGUGAUCAGUCCUCUUGUGAUGGCUCCAUUCAUUCUGAAUCCAUACGUUCUUUCCCCGAACGUCAUUAAUCCUUACGUUCUAUCACCUCUGAUAUUGAGUCCACUGGUUAUUUGUCCCGAUGUCAUCUCUCCUAUGACCCUGGGUGGCGCCAUACUGUCACCCGGGGUUCUAUCACCAUCAGUGCUGUCCAAGAGUUAUGUGAUGGCAUCUGUUCUUUCACCAUCAGUACUUUCAUGA